AUGGGUUUUGGGUUCAAGAACAAUCUUAUCGAAUUUUACAGAUUAAGUCAUAAGUUGUGGGAAGGAGAUGGUAUUUUAACAGUAUCAAAUCGAACAGCAUCUUUGAGAGAUUUAGAUGGGAAAAUAAUUGAGAAAGGCAUUGGUUAUAAGAUCAAGGAAGUGGAAGCUCUUGAAGAAGGUAGCAAAUUUUUCAUUGGUGGAAAAGAAUGUGAGAUACAGUCCAAAAUUUCUCAAACUGAAGAUACAGCACCAGUAUGUAAUUGUGUAAGAGAAUCUGUAUCAGUGAAGAAUAUUUCAAGCAAAAUUAAUCUCAAAAGGAAAGUGUUCAAGAACUUUGAGCCUCCACCUAUGUCAUCACUCAUAAACAAUACAACUGAGUCUGAAACUUCAAAUCAAAAGCUAUUUUUGCCUUCUCCUUCUUCUGAACAUCAACAUAUGUACAAUAAAGAAAAGUUGCAUGUUUCUGAAGUAAAGGUAGAUGAUUUUUUGGCUAAUCAGCUGAGACCUCAUCAGAAGGAAGGAGUUAUUUUCAUGUAUAAAUGCAUUUUGGGACUUCAGCAUGAUUUCGGCCAUGGGGUUAUUCUAGCAGAUGAAAUGGGCUUAGGUAAAACUUUACAGUGCAUUACUCUCAUAUGGACACUUUUCAAACAAGGUCCUUAUGGCAACAAACCUUUGUUAAAAAAUGUCAUCAUUAUAACACCAAGCAGUUUAGUUAAGAACUGGCAGACAGAGUUUAUUAAAUGGUUAGGAAAAUUCCGGUUGAGUAUAUUUCUUGUUGAUCAGAAGAAUACUGUAAAAGACUUCGUAAAAAAUCCACAGCCUGUUCUUAUUUUGUCAUAUGAAAUGUUUCUACGAUCUGCAGAAAUUUUGUCUUCAAUUUGCUUUGAUCUCGUCAUUUGUGAUGAAGGCCAUCGCUUAAAGAAUUUGAACAUAAAACUUUCAAAUGCUGUCGCCUGUCUUUCCACAACCCGAAGAAUUUUAUUAACUGGAACUCCAAUCCAAAAUGAUUUGGCUGAAUUUUUUUCUCUAGUGGACUUUGUGAAUCCAGGAGCUCUAGGUUCAAUAAAGUAUUUUCGUCGAACAUUUGAAAAACCCAUUUUACAAGCUCAAAGUCCUGACUCUUCUGAAGAGGAAAAGGAAUGUGGAGAGGAGCAAGGCGAAGAGCUUGGAAGAAUUACUGGAACCUUUAUGCUUCGCAGAACACAAGAAGUCAUAAAUCAGUAUCUUCCCUCAAAGUUCGAAACUGUUGUACUUUGUCAACCCACUCAUCUCCAAAGGAAGCUGUAUAAAGCCUUAUUACAGUCCAGAGCUGUAGUUUCAUUUCUAUCUUCCAUGUCUUUUGGGGAUCUGUCUACUCCUUUAGUGUAUAUUAGUAUCUUAAGAAAACUCUGCAAUCAUCCCUCACUUCUCUUCACAAGUUCAGAUGAUAAGAACUCACUCACUGAAAAUCUUGAUUCUAUUUUUGCUUCUGAUUACAUUCCAUGUGCCUUGGAUUCUGGAAAAAUGAAAGUUCUUGAAAAGAUUUUGUCAUCUAUGUUUAAUCAAAACAAACUUAAGAAAGAAAAAGUUGUUAUUGUCUCUAAUUUUACCAAGACCUUAGAUAUAAUUGAAGAAUUUUGCAAAAUGAAAAGCUAUGAGUACCUUAGAUUAGAUGGAUCUACAAAGACAUCAUCUCGGCAGCAGUUAGUGGACACUUUCAAUCUUUCAUACACUAAAUUUAGUGUAUUUCUUUUAAGUAACAAAGCUGGCGGUGUGGGAUUUAAUUUAAUUGGUGCAUCUCGCAUAAUUUUGUAUGAUAUUGACUGGAAUCCUGCAAAUGAUCUUCAAGCCAUGGCUCGUAUUUGGAGAGAUGGUCAGAAGCAUUCUGUUUAUGUGUAUCGACUUCUCACCACAGGAACCAUUGAAGAGAAAAUAUAUCAACGACAAGUGUCGAAGCAAUCCUUAAGUGGAUCUGUUCUUAAUCAAAACAGUUCUGAGAACUUGAAGUUCUCUCAUGAUGAAUUAAGAGAUUUGUUUACUUUCCAUGAAAACACAAAAUGUUUGAUACAUGAUUCAAUGAACUGCAACUGUGUGAUUCAAAAAUUACAAACAGAAAAUUUAUUUAAAGUACCAAUUUGUAGUGAAAAUGCAUCAGACAAGCAGUCUAUAAAAAAUAAUGCUAGUAUGACAGAGCUUGCAAAAUGGACACAUAUACCCGGACCAAUUUCUGCAGAAAGUACUCCUGAUGCUUGCUUAGCGGAUUGUGGCACUGAUGUAACAUUUUUGUUUCUAAACAAAGUAAAUUAAACAUUUUUAGAAGCUGUAAAUAAUGUAUACAAAAUAUGUCAUUAAUAUAAGUUUAUUUAAAAAGAAAUUACAUAAUAAUAAAGUGCACAAAACUUUGCAAGUAUCUUUUGUUUUAAUGUUGAUUCUAAAGAUAACUUUGAACAAGUAAAAUUAUCACAAUUUGUUCUUGUACUUAAGUAAAUCAUUUGUUCCAAUAGAAGAAAUCCAAAUAAAUACUCUACUAUGUAAACAUCAAUUAUGGAUAUAAUGGAUAUGCAGUAGAUCAUUACUAUCCAAAUUCUCAAAAUAUGUCAAAAAAAAAUGAACAAUUUACUUAACAAAAUUCACAAAUAUAAAGUUGAGCUGUAUCAACAUAUCAAUACUUUUGUUUACAAUCAAGCUAUUAAAAAAAAAAAAGGAAUAAA